AUGACAACAAAUUCGAAAAUCUUCAAUGAUGUAAUGUACUUCUCCACAUUCUAUCGAAAAUUUACUGUGGAUGUGUUGCAGGACGGUGCGUUUAUGAGGGGAUUUGUGGUGGAUAUGACGGCAAAUGGACUUCUCAUUGACCUUCACCAUGUUGGCAAUUCCAUCGCCAGUAUACCGUUUGCCCAACUCCAUACGAUUCCCGAUCACUUUUCAACCUGCCGUCGUUAUGGAGACUUUUUACAGGAAACACUGGAGAGCAAAGACAUCGAAGUGUUAAUCCGUUGUGACAGCGAGCAGCCAUUAACUUGGACAAAAGCCGACAACAUCCUAGCCGUUCCAAGUUACGGCAACCGUCCCCGCUGUUACGAGGGUGAACAGUGCGUGGUGGCGAAAAUAGCAACGGGCGGUGUGGAGUGCUAGAUUGCCGUGAAGAACGAUUACCCUCUGUGCUAUCCAUCGCAAAUUCGCAUUCGCUCCCGUUCUCGCCGGCAGUAUGAAUCGGUCACCAAAGAGACAUUCCAUAAAAUCACCGUUCUGCACAGGAGAUGCCAAAAGGACUGCUCUUAUUCGAAGACAGCAUUGCAGUACGCUCUGGAUGUACUGGAUGUCGAUUUUAGGAUGUUUUGGAUGCAAACUACGGGCACGUUGAUUAUCAAAUCGGAUGCCAAAAGUAUAACUGUUAUCAGCUAUGGAAUGUUGGAAGACGCCGCUUAUGCGCAGUUCCACCAAAUCAUUUUUCACUGCUCAGAAAUGUUUCUCCAAUGUUCCUGGAGACGCUACAUGGCACAAUGCAGAAGCACACUUUUUGCUUUGUCGAUGGCAGGUAUCCACCAUUACAGAUUUCGCUUAAUUAGUACAUAAAAAAUGAGGUAGACCGUAUCGGCAUACAUAAUAUAUAUA